AUGAAGUCAAACCUCAUCUUUGCUUCUUUUUUAUUGGCCUUAGGGGUGAAUGCCCCCGAUAUCCCCAUAUUGUUCAAUUUCAGCAGCUCGCAGUUUGCCAAUACUUUGAAUGGUAAUGCUGCUACUAGCUCGUACUGGACCAGCUCAUAUAUCACUGGCACCAAUCUAGAACAAUACUUCUUGGUCUCUCAUAUCUUGAUAUCCGCCGACAAUACGACACUAUAUAGCGCCAGCAUUUUGGAUCUCAAUGACCCUAGCAACUAUCAAUCUUGCAUUGCUUCUUCGGAAGAGUCGGCUCUGCAUGAUGGCUCCAUUCUGGAGGCCACUUUUGAUGGCAAGGGAUUUGAGAGCCUAACGGAAGACAACGUGUCACAAAUGCGCACCUUCAGCAAUUGUGAGGGUGUAAAAUUCAACAUCAUAUACAACGCUACGUCUAUGGCGCUUGUGGAUGGCGGUACGGGCCUGUUCACUUUUGGGAAUGGAGAAAGCUAUGAAUGGGGAUUUCCUAGCUGCUACACGGAGGGUACUCUAAUCGCCGGCGGGAAAGAAGUUGUGAUUGAUCCUGAGAAUUCCUUUACCUGGUAUGACCGGCAGUGGAAUGAUGGAUUACCUUCAAAUGGAAACUGGACAUGGUUUGAGUUGCAUAUUCUUGAAAGCAAAUCCAAGUUGAGUAUUUGGGCAAUUGAUGAUGAGAAGCCGCACCAGCGGUACCGCUUCGCCACGAUUCGAAGGGAAGAUGGGUCGCAGAAUGUUGUUCCAGCCACUUUUAUUCCUGACUAUACUCGACACUGGUACUCUAAUGCAUCCGAUACCUUGUACGCUUUGGACUGGACUGUGGCUAUCGGCAGCUUUGCGACCUUGAGAAUCUCUAGCGUGACUGAAGAUCAGGAGAUUACCGGCCCUGCGGGUGCGACCGGUGGUUACGAAGGAUUUGUAACCUUGAAUGGUGACUUUGAUGGUGAAAUGGUUGAUGGGUUUGGGUUGGUAGAAAUCGCGUACAUCUAG